GAGGAGCGGCUGCUCCGAAGGCAGUCACGGGCACAGCCGCUCCGGGAGCCGCCGGCAGCGGAAGCAGCCGCCUCCCCGUCCGCCCGGCCAAGACUAGAAACGCCCCCCCAGGAGGCACCUGCGCCGCCCUCUGCAACAGCGCCAAAUGCGCGCCGGGAGGAGCCGGAGCCACCCAAGGAGCUGCGGCGUUCCCGGCUUCGCCUCCGCUUUCGACUUGUGGCUCCUUCUCCCCACGGUGGGUUUUCCCUCAAAAUCCGAGCCUUCGUAGACGAGGCUUUCCGGGUUUCUCCCGCGUUGAGAUCCAUCCCGGCAGCUUGGGCGCCUGGAUCCCGACCUGGAGGGUUCUUUCCGUCUGCGUUUUUACGCGCCAGGCUGCGAGCGGGGAAAGCUGCUCGGUUGCUGCUCCGAUGAGGAAUUUCUCUGCAAGGUCAUCUCUCCUGGCUGCCGGUGCUGCUGCGGCGGCCGCUGCUGCUUCCCCCUGGCUGCGGAAGACCAGCUGCGAGGAAGAGUCGCUUGUGGCCGCACCUCUCUCCGCCUAGGCCCUUCUCAGCCAGAAGCUGGGCGAAGCUGACGGGAGCCUUGCAACGCAUUGCGUUCCCAUGGGGACUGUACCAGAUCCUCUGAGGUCUGCCAAGCGUCCACUGGUCACCGCUUCCGAGGAGGAAAACGACCUGAAAAGGUUGCAGUCCUCUAAACACCAGUACAAGCAAGCGAGCAUAGAGAGCAACAGUAAUGGAUUUCCUUUCACUUCCAAGGUGCAACCCACUGGAGAUCGCCUGCUUGAAGGGAACUGCGGGGUGGAAGCUGAUGCUGCAACGGGCGAACGGCACUGUGGGUAUGACACUGGGAAACCAAGAAUGUCCUCCAGCCCAUCCAAAGAAGGCUGCCUAGCAGUUCUGGAGCCGGGGAAUAACUCUGAGCGGGAAAGCUGUAGUGAUGCUGGAACUCAAGGCCAGGUCCCAGCAAAAGAACAUGCUGCAGUCAAGGCAGCUGCUACCCAGGAGGCCAAUGAAAUUGUGCCAAGUGGUGCUGGAGGGCAACUUUGCAGUGCAGCAGAUAAGGCAAGCUCUCUGCCUGGAGGUGGUGGUGGCAGAGUCACAGAGAUCAGAGCUCAUGGCAGGUCUUCUCCUCCUUCAGAUGCCCAGCAAGCCGCUCCAACCACAAAGGAAAUUGUGGGUGAAAGGAUUGGUCCCGAAGUGACGCAGGUGCCAGACUCAGCAAAGGAACUGGAGCCUGUCUCUGAUCUUGCGCUGAAGGCCCACGGUUGCUUGGAUGCAGAGCCAAAGGGCUCAAAGGAGACAGUCUCCGAUUCUGGCUCAAGAACUGCACCAGAGAUGGUCCCCAGACCCAGCCCUGGGAGCACACCACAGCCUUCAUGCGGUGACAAGGAUGCAGAGAAGGUAGGGCCUGAGCCCUCCGAGUUCAAGGACACAGGGACCAUGAUGGUGCAACCUGAGAGUCGGGAGGUUGCAGGUGGGGAGGUGGCAAGCAAGACCCAUCAGGAUGCUGGGGUGCAGGCCGUAGCCAGCAUGGAAAGCAGAUCAGCGUCCACCAGCCCAAGCAUCUUUGCUGCAUUUUUACGGGAAAACAUGCCUCCCCAGGCCACACAGAAGCAAGAACAGUUGCACAUUAUUUACACAGGAGCUGGCGGGGAGGAGCAAUCGGAAAUCGUCGACGACUUUGCGGCGCUUGUCCAGACAGCUGUGCCUGCUGCCACUGUGACCGAAGCCCAUAUCCAGGCAGCAGCUGCAGUAGACGAGGGGUUGGCAGUUCAGGCUGUCAAACUUCAAGAGGGCACAGCAGGCACUCAUGAUACAGCCCACUCGACUUUGUCAGGCGACGCGACGUAUCCCUGCCCUGGCGGUUUGCAAGAAACGUCGUCCAAGGUGACAGAAGCACAAACAGCAAAUGCAGCCAGCCAUCGCAGCGAUGCUUCCCAGCAGUUGCCGGAUGCUUCAGUUAUGCUGAAGACAGCACCGAUUGACCAGAUUACUGUCAAUGGCAGCGCUUCCCCGCACCCCGCGCGCAGCGAAACCAAGCUACCUCCACCUUCUGCUCUGCCAGGAAUCAAUAGCAAACCUCAGCACCUUGGACCCUCCUCUGUUGCAGAAAGCCAACAGACGCCUCCAGCCUCCUGCAGCAGAUCUGAACAAGACAAGGCUCUCCGCACCGCUGGUGGCACUCCCAAUAUCGGUUGCAGAGAGCAGCUACGCACUGAGACGGUUAGGAGUCUUGAGACAGUUCCAGCCAGCCUCCUCGUGGAUGUCAAACCAAAGGGGGGAGGGAAAUCCGUCCCUCUCAGUCCGAAGGAACAGGGGACGAUUAACACUCCAGCAGUGGCUACUGCGUCCCUGACUGUGUGUGCCCCAGCCACGGCAAAAAUUGAGCAGGAUAAGCUUCCAGAAAAAGAGGCAGGAGGAUUUGGCAUUCAGAAUCUGGAAGCUGAGUCUGGGUUGAGUAGAAAUUCUGGCCCUGGCCUAGGAACCAAAAGCAACAGAACUAAGAAGGGAGAGAAGGGCAAUCUUUCAGCCUCUCCCGCUUUGCCCUUGCCAAAGCUGGGCGAGAAGAAGAAGGAAGGAAAACCUGCUGCGGAGGGCAAAGGGCACCUGAAGCAGUCUAAGCGCGUCCGGGAUGUCGUGUGGGACGAGCAGGGCAUGACUUGGGAGGUUUACGGGGCCUCCCUUGACCCCGAGUCGUUGGGGGUCGCCAUCCAGAAUCACUUGCAGAGGCAGAUUAGAGAACACGAAAAACUGAUUAAGGCCCAAAACAGCCAGACCCGUAAAUCUGUUUCUUCGGAUACGUCUUCAAAUAGAAAACUUAAAGGGAGGCAGCACAGUGUUUUCCAGUCCAUGAUGCAGAAUAUCAGGCGCCCCAAUUGCUGCGUUCGCCCUGCUGCUUCCUCUGUGUUGGAUUGAAAGAGUCGGGAAGGCGACGAGCGUCCGUUUGUAGCCAUUUGUUUCUGUGUAUGCACAGAAAUCUGUAGAAAAUAAGCCCAGGAGCUCAGCUUUGAUGCUUGAGAUUCUGAUAUAAUGAUUGGGGGUGGGGGGGGCAGAGUAACGGCUGUGUAUUGUAUGCCCAGUAAGUCAUCACAUCUGAGCUGUCUUGUUCUCUGCAAACGACACGUGCAGCUUUUGCGUUUACUUAGAAGCCACUCCGGUCUGUUGCCAAACGACAACAUAAGCACUUAAAAACGAAGCACAAUGUGAGAUUGCCAAUUUACUGCACCAACGGUGUGGCAGCUUUUAGCAGACGGAAGAGAAGGGAGGCAUCAAACCCUUUGCAAACGCCUUUCACGUACAACUAGCUCUUAACAAUGUCAAUAACGAAAACUUCAACAACUGUGUGUUAAUGUAGCAAAUAUUCCCAAGUACCUGGAUCAGGUUGCGUUGGUGCUGAGAGAGUCAAAGGAGCUGGUUUUCUUAAAAUGAUAGACUCUCUUUGAGGCGGUGGUAAGAGGAUAUCCCCUUGCAAUUAGGGUGGUAUUCCAAGUACGCCUGCCAAAAGGAGGCACCCCAAAGACGAUCCACCCCUUUUGCCUCACAUGCUAAAGAGCCCUUAGGGGUCCUGUACCAAUCACAUGCUAGCCUUUGCCAACCUGGGGCCAUCCAGAUGUUUUGUACUACAUCUUCCAUCAGCCCCAGCUGUGCUGAUUGGAGUUGUGGUCCAAAACAUCUGGAGGGUAAGCCAGUUGGACAAGGUUAAUCUGUACAUAUAUGGUUACAGUGUGCCAAAAGGCUCUUCUUGAAGGCUCUGGAAACCUCUGGCAUCCCAGACGCAAUAAAGGUCCUUCAAACUGGAGUAUAAAGGACUUCAGAAAUACCCAAGAAAUUUCUGUGGGUGCCAGAAUUUCUGUUAAGUGUGAGAUUUUGACUGUUAUUUGCUCCUUAAUGGGUCUCCUCUUUCUGUCCUUCCCCCCCCCCCACCCUCCUGGUUGCAAUUUUGUAUUUUGCAAUGUUUUAUCUUAGAGGUGAUACUUCCAUGUAACACAGAAGCAGAGAAAUGGUUUGGAUUUUCAGCAGCAAUGUAGAGAGGGCACGAAAGAUUAUUGUGCAGCCUUGUUAAAACUAUUUUUUAUAUAUAAUUUUUUUAAAUUAGUUUUCCACUAUACCCCCCAAAGUAGCCAAAUUAUAACAAUAACAAUUAAUUCCCAAAUGGUACAAUUACCAAAAUGCCAAUCAACUUCCAUUUUAGUUAAAGUGGCUCCCCGUAUGGUGGUUUGGGUGCAUUUCUGAUCUUAUAUCACUGCGUUCCAUGAUCUUAAUUUAUGUCAGUUACAUUUCAGUUAUUAUAAUAAUCCCUUAGUCAACAACUACAUAAUUAAUGAUCUCCAUUCGUGAUGUUAUAAGAUACAAAUUUAUAAAGCUUCAAGUGAGGAACUCAAACUAUUAUCUUUAUUCUGCCCUGUGUGUGAAAACUGUUAGGUCCAUAGAGAUUCCUUCUGUCCAUAUAUGAUGUUGUUUCUUUCACUUC